GGUCUGGACGGCUGGACCCAAGUCCACCACUCCCCAAUGGUCGUCUUCUCCACGACACAUCACCCCUGAAUCCCAAAUCAAAACCCAGAUCUCCCCAAAAUCCCCAAUUCACCCUCCCGCUCCUAUCACCCCUCCCAAUCCGACUACGAUUCCGUCCGAUGCGGAUAGCAUCCGCGUAGCAAAUCCCCGCGCCCCUCGGUAGGGGUAGGGUUUCGAGGGUUUGGGCCGCGCGAUGGGUCGGUCCCGCGGGGUGCCGAAUUCCGGCGACGACGACACCGGCCACAGGUCGAAGCGGAGGAGGGUCGCGUCGAGCGGGGAUGCGUCGGACUCCAUUUCCGCGGCAUGCGGGGGAGCCGGCGAGGGAGGGGGCAAGAAGGCGCUCUACCACUGCAACUACUGCAACAAGGACAUCUCCGGGAAGAUACGGAUCAAAUGCUCCAAGUGCCCCGACUUCGACCUCUGCGUGGAGUGCUUCUCCGUAGGCGCCGAAGUCACCCCUCAUCGGAGCAACCAUCCGUACAGGGUCAUGGACAACCUGUCUUUCCCGCUUAUCUGUCCAGAUUGGAAUGCAGAUGAAGAAAUCCUUCUUCUAGAGGGAAUCGAAAUGUAUGGUCUGGGAAACUGGGCUGAAGUUGCGGAGCAUGUUGGUACCAAGACGAAGGCUCAAUGCAUUGAGCAUUAUACAACAGCAUACAUGAACUCACCUUGUUAUCCCCUCCCGGAUAUGUCUCAUGUUAAUGGAAAGAACAGGAAGGAGCUUCUUGCCAUGGCUAAAGUGCAGGGUGAGAAUAAAAAAGGGACUUUGUUGUUACCAGGAGAUUUAACUCCUAAGGCUGAAUCUCCAUUUUCUCCCACCAGAGUCAAGGUGGAAGAUGCACUUGGAGAAGGUCCAGCAGGUCGAUCACCUUCACACAUAGCUGGUGGUGCAAAUAAAAAAUCGUCAAAUGCUGCACAGAUUAAAGAUGGUGCUAAUGUUUCAAAAGUUGAAGAUGGUCAUGUUGAUAGAAGUAUUGGUGUAAAGAAGCCCAGAUAUUCUGCAGAUGAAGGCCCUUCGUUGACUGAGUUGAGUGGAUACAAUGCAAAGAGACAUGAAUUUGACCCGGAGUAUGAUAAUGAUGCUGAACAAGCGCUCGCUGAAAUGGAAUUUAAAGAAACUGAUUCGGAAAGUGAUCGUGAAUUAAAGCUACGAGUGUUGCGUAUUUACUUGUCCAGGCUUGAUGAAAGAAAAAGGAGAAAAGAGUUUAUAUUGGAAAGAAAUUUACUAUUCCCUAAUCCCUUGGAGAAGGAUCUUACAAAUGAAGACAAGGAAAUUUACCAUCGCUAUAAGGUCUUCAUGCGUUUUCUUUCCAAGGAGGAACAUGAAGCUCUUGUUAGGAGUGUCAUUGAGGAGCGAAAAAUUCGGAGGAGAAUUCAAGAGCUUCAGGAAUGUCGUUCUGCUGGAUGUCGUACACUGGCUGAAGCAAAGAUACACAUCGAGCAAAAGAGGAAAAAGGAAUAUGAGUUAAAUGCUCAAAAAGCUAAGGAAAGCGGCCAACUUAUUCCAAAUAACAAAGCAGCACAAAAGAUGAAUCGACCUAUGAAAACUGAGACUGAUGGGAAUUUGGAUCCAAAGAAAGCUGGUGCUGGCUUAGACUCUGGUGGUAGGGAUUCUCCUAAAACCACAGGACAUACAAAUGUUAAACAGUGGGAUGAUUGGGAUAUAGUUGGUCUUCCUGGUGCAGAGCUAUUAAGCGCCAGCGAAAAAGUUAUAUGUUGUCAGAACAGAUUGCUGCCCAGUCAUUAUCUGAGGAUGCAGGAGGUGUUGAUGCAGGAAAUGUUCAAGGGUAGUGUCCUCAAGAAAGAAGAUGCCCAUGUAUUAUUUAAGGUUGACCCUGCCAAGGUAGAUACUGUAUAUGAUAUGGUAAUGAAAAAGCUGGGUAACCAUGAGGAAGCUCCAACUGUCUAGCGAUGCUUUUGAGUCUUGCCUUGUGUGACUUCCGGAAAAGCCAAAUCUUAGUUUCUCAUUUUCAGCAUGACUGAACCACUGCUGAAAAUGGAGGCUAUAUUAAAAUUGACUUGGCCACAGUUGAAAACAGAAAUUUGUGUCAGGUGUCUGGAGUACAAUAAGGCAUUCCAGCCAAAUUGUAAAAUUAUCGCCCCCAAUGAGAAUGUGUAGCAUGAGUUGCCAUUGCUGUUCUUUCCAAGAGGAUAGCUUCAAAUUGUUGAGAGCGUACUGUCACAGAUGUGCUAGUGCGGCGUUGUAGGUAUAGGGCUUGAAAUGAUCUACCGUCCUGUAUGUAACAUUGCUCGCGCCCUAUUUUAUGCCAUUGUACCAAUCUCAGACAUUGAUUAUUACAAUUCAUCUUGCUGCCAAA